AUGUCAUUAGAAAGCAAAGAUAAUUUGGAAGUUACAAACAAUCAAUUAAAACAAUGUCGAAUAUGUUUGGAUAAUGAUAAUCCUAAUGAUAUAAUUAGUCCAUGUUUAUGUAGUGGUAGUUCGGCUUAUGUUCAUCGAAAAUGUUUAAAUGAUUGGCGAUCAGAAAAUGCAGGUGGAAAAAGUUUCAAGUUCUGUGAUAUAUAUCAAUUCGAAUACGGCAUCGAAACUAUUCUAACUGAUCCGAAGACUGAAAGAGAAAGACUAUUGAAGUAUCAUUUCUAUGUUGCUCAUGAUUCAACAGUAAUUAUUUUAUUGGUUCAAUUAAUUAUUCUUGGCGUAGCAUUUUUAUUGAAAGCUAUUGAUAAGAAAGAUGAUAAUAUCAAAAACUUAUUUUCACAAUCAAUUGAUAGAUUUACGGUUUAUUACUUGAGCGCUUUUAUAUUAUUAUUAGCUAUUGUAGGUUUUAUUGCUGUAAUUAUCUUUUUUUGUGCUACUACAAGUAGUACGAAUAGUCGUAGUAAUGGUAGUAGGAAUUCUUCUCAAAAUAGCAGUAUCAACAUAAAUGGAUUGUUUACAGGUGCGGUAGCUAUUGUAUUAAUAUGUGCUGUUAUUGGUUUGUUCGUUGGAAUAAUCGUAAGUGUAAUCAUCCUAAGAAAAAUAAUGAAACAUCACACCAGUAAAUUAUGGUUACGACAAGAAGCAGAAAAAUAUAUUAUUAAAGAUUUUCAAGGUCAAAGAAAAGAAUUGGAAAAAUAUAAAAAUCCCUCUAAUGCAAUAACAGCUAACACUACUCAUGGUAUGGCUGGAAAGUAA